AUGGGCAAAAUCCUGGAUAUCAAUACUACAGAUAGCUCCUCCAACUCCUCUCAGAAAAGGGAACAGCCUGUGCGAACUCUGGCUUCUCCUGCAUCCUGUGAACAUCGAAGAAUUUGCACUCGUGGACACCUUCACGACCAUUACAGCUCUGACCACUACCACCUAGAACAAUCAGUAGGACCACGAUCCUACCGGCACGUCAACUUUCUGGACGACGAUGAGGAGAUAGUGCGCAUCAAUCCUCGGGAAAAGAUUUGGAUGACUGGAUACAAGGAUUAUCGCCAUGCCCCAGCACGAGGAAAGAGCUUCAAUCCCGGUGACAUGGACUCCUAUGUACGUUUUGCCAAAAGUGAGGCCUCGAAACACGAAUACACUUAUCCUUACGUAGACAACUCGGACUUUGACCUGGGUGAAGAUACCAAGGUUGCUGUGAUAAAGACUCAACCUGUCAAAUUCAAGGCCAGGAGGAAGGAAGACGAUGAGAGGUCGCAGUGCGUGUACUGCAGGGACAUGUUCAACCACGAGGAGAACAAGCGGGGUCAAUGCCAGGAUGCUCCAGACCGCGUCAAGACUUGGAUCCAUCGAGUGAGCUGUAUGUGGUGCGCAGACACUAUGCUCUAUCACUGUAUGUCCGACCCAGAAGGAGACUAUACAGAUCCUUGCUCGUGCGACACCAGUGAUGAAAUGUUUUGCCUCCGGUGGAUGGCCCUUAUCGCCUUGUCUUUCAUUGCUCCAUGUAUGUGCUGUUACUUGCCGCUUCGGGCUUGUUACCACUGUGGGGUCAUGUGCAGGUGCUGUGGUGGGAAACACAAAGCUGCUGGAUGACUACAGAUGCGUUCAAAGUGUUAGGUUUGUCCCGUAGUUCAAAGGAACACGUUGGUUUUGGAGCACUGAGGUCACUCACUUUAAUGCAGCCGCUGUGCCCGACGGCAUCCGGAAACCACCAGUAUGGAUCACUUUACAUUGGGUCAUCUGGGGCUCACACUGCAUUGAUUUGCUCAUCAACUGUUCUAACUAACUAACCUACAGCAUAGACUUUUGUAUUAUUAAUCUGUAAUCAAAACAGACUCUUGUACAUGUUUUUUUGGGUUUUUUUGGUUUUUUUUUUCAUUUAA